CCCCAGUUUUGGACGCCAUCUUGAACGAGUCGCUACGCACGGAAUAUCGACCACCACGGGGAACUUUCGUCCUGUCUUCACGUUGGAUCGGAUUUCUCGGCACUGUUGACAUCAAAACGUUUGAAACUGUAUCGGACUGUGUCUCAGAUAUUUACAACACUUAAGGAUUACCCAAGGAGUGGAUUGUACGACGUUUGGCGGACAAAAAAACUAUCGCGAAGCUUUAGUUUGGGACACUUCUUCUAGGUUUGGGACGUCCCGAAAGAAGGAUAAAGUUUUGCGGCUCAAACUGUGCUCCUCACGAAGUGAUUGUGAAGCCAUGGUGAGCUGAACAGCUCUGAGACUUCUGACAGACUUACCAAGCGACUGUCUGGACAGGAAAAAUCAAACUUUCGGAGAUGUCAGGGUAGCGGAAACCACGAGAAAGAUGUCGGAAAGUUCCUCCAUAGGUACCAACAGUAGCAGUGGUCUGGGGACCAUCCAGAGUUCCCAGUCUGGCUCCAGUGACUACAGUGACAUCAGUGGGACGACAGUACCUCUGAUCCUGGUCACCUCACACAGGGACGAUACCACCAGCAAACUGGGCAGUCAGGCAUCGUUCAAACAGCUGCCAGCCAACAGAUACUGCUACACAUCCUGGCAUGAAGUCAGAAAUGCGGAGGUCAAAGGUGACCAGCUCAACUGUCCACGGAUUAGAGAAGGUCCCAGAGAAAAGGAGAGAACGUUUUACUCUCUGCGUGAUGAGGAUGGUAACCCGAUCCACCACGACAGGAAAGGGAAGAAACGGAUGGACUAUAGGAACAAGAUGGAGAACUGGGAAAACGCAGUGUCCGUCAACUUGUCCUUCCAAGACCUGGGCGAUGCCUACCAGCGUGAGAACUUCAUUAGAGUCUUGAAGAGGCUGAUCAGAGCUGAGGAGUUACAGCUGAUGGACGACUCACUAACGGACUUACACUCUGUCUCCUUACCAAGGUGUAAAUACUUGAAUUUGAGCAGAAAUUUCCUCCCAUCAUUUAAGAAGUUGCCCAGGUUACCAGUGGUAGAACACCUGUAUCUGGAACAGAACAACAUCACUUCGUUAGACGGUCUGGACGUGUUGAGAAAAGCACCACUUCAGUCCCUCCAUCUCAGGAGUAACCCUGUCUCCUUCACUGUCAACUACAGGCAAAGAGUUUUCCAAAUCUUGCCAAACUUGAAGUCCUUAGAUGGAGUAAAAAGACUUCCCUCGGAUUCCGUGUUUGACUCAGAAGAAGAACCCUCAAGAAUGUGUGUCAUCUGCUAGCACACAGCAGUUAGUCUGGGUCGCAGACACUCUGGACGCUGUGGUAAUA